CCAUAACCAACUCUACAAUGAAACUAUCACCAAUAGUAUCCUCUCUAGAGGUCGGCUUCUUCACGAUACUGCUGGUUACUGGUCUCUCCACUCCAGGCCAGGCUGAAAUUACCAGUCUAGACACAGGAAACAUUGAAGACAUCCUCAACAAUGCUGGAGUGGCGUUGGUUAAUUUCUAUGCAGACUGGUGUAGAUUCAGCCAGAUGCUCCAGCCUAUCUUUGAGGAGGCAUCGAACAUCGCGAGGGAGGAGUUUCCUGAUGUCACUCAGGUGGUGUUUGCGCGCGUCGACUGUGAUCAGCACUCUGACAUAGCUCAGCGGUACAGGAUCAGUAAGUACCCUACGUUGAAGUUGUUCCGUAAUGGUAUGAUGAUGAAGAGGGAGUACAGGGGUCAGAGGUCAGUCACAGCCAUCGCUGACUUCAUCCGCCAGCAGAAGGUCGAUCCCAUUAAAGAAAUACACAGUCUAGAGGAGGUCAACACUGCGGAUAGGGACAGGCGUAACAUUAUUGGUUACUUUGACCAGAAGGAUUCUGAGAACUACCACACGUUUGAGAAGGUGGCCAACAUCCUCCGAGACGACUGUGUGUUUCUCGCUGCCUUUGGUGACGUGUCCCAGACAGAGAGGUUCAGUGGUGAUAAUGUGAUCUAUAAACCGAUGGGGGAGACUGUUCCUGACAUGGUGUACCUGGGCUCACUAACCAACUUUGAUCUCACCUACGCUUGGGCGCAGGACAAAUGUGUCCCUCUGGUCCGCGAGAUCACCUUCGAAAACGGAGAGGAGCUGACUGAAGAGGGGAUCCCAUUCCUCAUCCUGUUUCACGUGAAGGAGGACACAGAGAGCUUGGAGAAGUUCCAGCACGAGGUGGCACGCCAGCUCAUCAGCGAGAAAGGAUCUAUAAACUUUCUGCAUGCGGACUGUGAGAAGUUCCGUCACCCACUGCUACACAUCCAGAAGACGCCAGCAGACUGUCCUGUCAUUGCUAUAGACUCCUUCAGACACAUGUAUGUGUACCCUGAGUUCAGAGACAUUGAGAUCCCUGGGAAGCUGAGGCAGUUUGUUCUGGACCUCCACUCUGGGAAGUUACACAGAGAGUUCCACCACGGCCCAGACCCGACAGACAGCACACCUGGACAGGAGGAGAUCGGCGAGGUGGCCAGUAACCCACCAGAGAGUUCCUUCCAGAAGUUAGCCCCCAGUGAGACGCGCUACACACUCCUCAGGGACCGUGAUGAACUGUGACCUCAACGACUUUACCACAACCCUGACCUAUGACCCACGACCCCAUGGCAUGCCCCGGAGUCAGUGUCCAGAGUCAGGACAGGCCAGCGGGAUGGGACAGCAACACCCCAACUCACCCCAAACACCCUUAAUGGAGAGAGAGGAUAAGGAAGACCAGAGAGUAGGUUAAAUCCAGGACAGCCGUGUUGGAAUAACCUAUAUUUUCAUAACUCUUACGUGUACAAUUUUUAUUUUAGAUUAAAAGGAUGAAACCAGAAGAAGAAAAUGGUGUGGGGUGGGGGGGGGAUUAGGACAAAAAAAGAAGCAAAGCGUUUUAACUUUUAUUUUUGGAGCUUGUAAAUAAUAAUAGUGCUUGUGCUGAGUGAGCGUUGGUCCAUGUCAUCCUGAUCUAAAUUAAAAAACAAUUUACUUUUUUUUGACGAGUGAGAUCCCUUGCUCUGGUUGUUUAGUCUCAUUAUGGUUCUUAUCUGUGGGUAGUCCAGCUCCGUCCCGUUUGAGUGAGAGAGGGUUCUGGUCCUGGAGGACUACAGUGUCUCGGCUGCAUCUCAAUAGUUUACCCCCCUCUCCUCCUUUCCUUUAUUUAAACUGAUGUGAAAGCAUAUUUCUGGCUGGUAUCCACCAUGCUGCUUCCACCUAUCCUAUGAUUUCAAAUAGGAUGAGAGGAGACGAGGAAAGGAACACAUUGUAGAGUAUUGAGAUGCAGCUUUCCUCUCCCUGGUCACGUUCAGGAGGCACAAAAUGUUUAUAAACAACGGAGGUACUACCAUAAACUGUCCAAUAGUUAAAUGUUUGUUUCCAUUGUCUGUCAGAAAAGCAUUUUCUCCCUUUUGUACUUGAACGUGCCCCAGAUCUGCAAUACUGACUCAGACGGUAGUUCCUAAAGGCUGAGAGGUGUCAGUCAGACACUGCUGCUCUAGAGGACAGGAGGGGAACCUCACACCGACUCUGGGCUGCAUCUCAAUCCUCUGCAGUGGCUUCUUCUCCAUCUGCACUGGUCUGACACAGGCCAGGCCACGCCCACUUAGCAACAAGUCCAGGUGACAGCAAUAUGGAAGAAGCAGACCUGGAAAGUAUCCUUAUUUCACCUGUCACUCAAAUCAGUUCAGAUGGAGCAAUGAAAGGAGAUGAGGAGUAUUGAGAUGCAUGCUGUGUGUUUAUUUAUAGUACUGUGUGUACAGUCCCUCCCUAGAACCCAACAGUACCCUGAUCUGACCAGUCACGAAGGAGGGUUAAAGGGGGAGAAAUCUCAUUUCUAAAUCAGUCAUCUCGGAGAGGGAGAAAAUAAAACAAGUAAAUGAAACCAUUUUACAGGA